UGGUUGGGUUCCAGACUAACUGGUUGAGUUGCAGACUAACUGGUUGGGUUGCAGACUAACUGGGUGGUCUGAAGACUAACUGGUUGGGUUCCAGACUAACUGGUUGGCUUGCAGACUAAAUGGUUGGGUUCCAGACUAACUGGUUGAGUUGCAGACUAACUGGUUGAGUUGCAGACUAACUGGUUGAGUUGCAGACUAAGUGUUGCUCUGAAGACUAACUGAUUGGUUUGCAGACUAACUGGUUGGUCUGAAGACUAACUGGUUAGGUUGUAGACUAACUGGUUGGUCUGAAGACUAACUGUUUGGGUUCCAGACUAACUGGUUUGGUUCCAGACUAUCUGGUUGAGUUGCAGACUAACUGGUUGAGUUGCAGACUAAGUGUUGCUCUGAAGACUAACUGAUUGGUUUGCAGACUAACUGGUUGGUCUGAAGACUAACUGGUUAGGUUGUAGACUAACUGGUUGGUCUGAAGACUAACUGUUUGGGUUCCAGACUAACUGGUUUGGGUUCCAGACUAUCUGGUUGAGUUGCAGACUAACUGAUUGGUUUGUAGACUAACUGGUUGGUCUGAAGACUUAACUGGUUGGCUUGCAGACUAACUGGUUGGGUUCCAGACUAACUGGUUGAGUUGCAGACUAACUGGUUGGGUUGCAGACUAACUGGGUGGUCUGAAGACUAACUGGUUGGGUUCCAGACUAACUGGUUUGGUUCCAGACUAUCUGGUUGAGUUGCAGACUAAGUGUUGGUCUGAAGACUAACUGGUUGGUUUGCAGACUAAGUGUUGGUCUGAAGACUAACUGGUUGGUUUGCAGACUAAGUGUUGGUCUGAAGACUAACUGGUUGGUUUGCAGACUAAGUGUUGGUCUGAAGACUAACUGGUUGGUUUGCAGACUAAGUGUUGGUCUGAAGACUAACUGGUUGGUUUGCAGACUAAGUGUUGGUCUGAAGACUAACUGGUUGGUUUGCAGACUAAGUGUUGGUCUGAAGACUAACUGGUUGGUUGGAAAUCUUUGUUCUUGUUUUGGUGACCUGUCUGGUUCUUCUGUCUUGUUACUAAGUUGAUGCACACCUUGCAGCCAAUCACAAUCCAGUAUUCUCAGUACUAUAUUUAUACCACAGUGGCACCAUGUAGUAGUACUACAGUACUACACUCUAUUAAAUUAUACUACUCCGUACUGUACCACACAUACUGACCUCCACUUGACAUACUAUAGUAUACUGCAGUGUACUUUUAUACUGUACAAUACAGCACAAUUAUAAUAUACAAUACUGUGUAUAUUCUGGAUAACCAGUCGGUCUCGCUCCCUGUAGGACUGGGUAAACUGGAUAAUCCGGCCCUGAUGCAGCAGUGGUUCCAGUUGGUCCAGCAGAAAAACUCUCUGGUUCGAUAUGAAUCUGAACUCAUGAUUUUUGCUCGGGAGUUGGAGCUGGAGGACCGACAGAGUCGACUGCAGCAGGAGCUCAGAGAGCGGAUGGCCGUGGACGACCACCUGAAGGAGGACUGGGAGCUGCUGGAAGAGCGUCUGAUCCUGGAGGAGAUGUUGGAGGUGGUGGAGCAGAGAGACUCCCUGGUGUCUCUGCUGGAGGAACAAAGAGUGCAGGAACGGCAGGAGGACCAGGACCUUGAGGAGGUCAUGAUGAACCGAGGAAUGGGACUCAGCUGGACCUGAACCUGGGGGGUUUUCUGUAAAAACCUGAACUGGUCUGCAUUGAUGUCAUAAUAACUACAAAACUGACUUUAUCGAAGAUUGAUGUCAAAACCAUUUCACGUUACUGUGAUUCCAUGAAACCAGGAAAACCUUCCCAACAGUCCAGACCUGUUUCUGGACCUGAUCUGAAGCGGACUUGUGGAAACCCAAACCAAACUUCUUCCGUCUUCCUUCUUCUUCCAAUCAAAUGUGCCGGGUCAGACCCAGAACAAUAGCUUCCCAACUGAGUUUGACUAAUUGUUCAAUAAAUUAACUGAAUAAAUUUAAAUGAAGUCCUUUGUGAUGUCGGACAUCAGACCUGAUGAGUCUGCAACAGUUUCUGACACUGGAUGUUAGCUAAUAAGCUACAAUAGCUUCCCCUCUUUUGACUCUCCGGCUUGCCGUCCUGUCAGGAUGGCUUGCUGGGUAAAUGCAGCUGGUGUGUGAACUCGGCACGUCUCUUUAAAAUUAAACACCAGAAUUUAAAAAGUUUAAAUAAACUAAAUUAUGUUUAAACUAGUUGUUCUGACGGUUAGCAUAUCCACCAGCCAGCAGGGGGCGCUGCUCGGUUACUGUCAGUCACCUCCAUUGGAACCAUUUAGAUCUCUUUUGAUCCAACAACACAUGGAGCACGUGGCGUUUGCUGUUGAGCUAAUCCCUAACAUGCUAGUUUGAUGGAAACAUGCUAGUGCUAGCCAGCCAUAAUAGCCUGCCAAAUUAGCUAGCACGCGUGACGUAGUGCUAACUACCAGUUAGGGGAGCAUCUAUGUUCUGUAUGUUCUUAUUAUGAAACAUUAAGAGACCUUCAAAGGAUUUUAUGUUCGCAGCAACUCGCUCCUCUCCUGGCCUCACCUGAACCCGGUCUGUCCUGGUCUGAACUGCUGUAAAUCACCCCCUACUGUAUUCCCUGUCGUCAGUCUGGCCUCCGUCGGUCUCAAAGACUGUGUUCGGACCCAGUCCAUGUUCACAGGGAGGCUGCUGAGCCUGGUUCCCUAGUGCGCUCAAUCGGCUCCGGUCUGGUACUAAGUCUAGCGCCCCUCUCCUCGCCCUGGGCCUUAAAACCUCCUCCUCCCAGAGGUCCAAAGCUCCCGUACUAGUGGCGUAAACCAACACCGACCCUCCCCCGGUGCUCCGAUCUCCCAGGCCGGGUAGAGUUUCAGGUUUUAGUUGCAGACUGAAGGGGCCCCAGUUUUUUCCAGGUGAAAUGUUCAGUUUGUGUUUCCCCAGGUCAGGAUGUUGGAGUUAGUUUGUAGCCUACUGAUGUUCCUCUCCCUCUAACCCAAACCCUGAGAUUGUGGCGAAGACUUUAGACGCUGUCCACAGUGGCUGAACAGAUUUUUACCACUGCAUUUAAACCGUCCACCCCGCUUCGAUCUUUGAAAUAGGACCCUGGGAGCUCAGGGCUGAGCCGCCUGUACAGCAUCUUACAGACUUCAAACCCGUCCUGAGUACAGAAGUGCUUCUGCACACAAGAACACAAAUGACUUCCUGUAACCAGAGUAACUGUGUGUGGUGACCGGGCUUCAGCUGUGUUGGUGUUUAAUCAAAGAUUCAGUAUUAAAUCGAGGUUCAGCAGGUUAUUAAAGUUAUUCUGACAUUUUGAUUACUGUGCCAACUUCAUCAGCUGUUGAUCAGUUCUACCAAACUUCACCUAUCAGCCUUACUUCACCUGAUCACCUGAUCAAUAUGUGUUUAUUAAUCCUGUUCAUGUAAAAC